AUGAUUGUCAAUUUACUCUUGGUAGCUUUGCUGCUUCUCCUCCUGGAACCCCUGGUUACAUAUUAUUUGGAUUCCAAAAAGCUUCGUCGGUUCCCCAACGCAAGUCUAUUAUCUGGAGUAUCCGACCUGAGCUAUAUACUUCAGAGAUAUCGCGGGUUUCGCUCAAAAGAGAUUCACAAAGCUCAUUUACAACAUCCCGUUGUCCGCGUUGGCCCCAACUCCCUUUCAUUCUCGACACCCGACGCUAUCAGAGCUAUAUACGGACACAAUACCCCAUGUAUCAAAGGAGGCACGUAUGUGACAGCAGCAGGUGCGCAUCCAAGCCUGCUCGAUGUUGUGAAUAAGGAAGAGCAUGCUCGCAAGCGCAGGAUCUUGUCGCACGCCUUUGCUACCCGGAAUCUGGAGCAGUGGGAAUUCAAGGUUACAGACAAAGUUCAAAAGCUCAUUGCGCAAUUUGAUCUCGUAUGCCACGAAAAUGAAGGAGAAGCGAUAAUUGACUUUCGAACGUGGAGCAAUCUCUUCACGAUUGAGGCCAUUGCAGACAUUGCACUCAGCCAUCAUCUCGGCUGUCUUGGUCAAGGAAAUGAUCUUGUUGCAAUCACCACCAAAGAUGGCCGUGAGAAAACGGUUAAUUACAUCGAUUGCCUUCAUGCCGGAAGACGAGCAACGUCAAUGUUGAUCUGGUCGACAAAAUGGUUUUCGUCUUUACGAUUCGUCUUGAAGAAGCUUCCAGGUUUCUUCCAAACCCAGUGGCGCAAGGGUCAAGGCUUCGAUGAGAUGGUCCACUACCUCGUUCAGCAGCGUCUUCGACGAUAUAAAAACGGAGAGCAAUUAGAGGAUUUCGUUGGGUGUCUCUUUCAAGAUAAGCAUGGGGAUGCCCGAAACUUGGAGAUUGGCGAAAUUGAAGCUGAAGUGGCCACAUUGCUGGAUGCAGGCUCCGAUACAACUGCCAUCUCUCUAACCCACGCUAUGUAUUUCUUACUAAGGACGCCAGUAGCAUUGUCCCGACUCCGUGAGGAAUUAAGGGUCGCAUUGGAUGACAGCCAAGAAGUGUCCAAAUAUGCAAAGGUGAAGAACCUACCAUAUCUACAUGCGUGUAUCAAUGAGUCUUUGAGGUUACUGCCGCCCGUUGCAUUUGGCUUGAACCGCAUGACGCCACCUGAAGGGCUCAUGAUUGAUGGCAAUUGGAUCCCAGGAAAUACUCUUGUGGGUGUUCCAGCGUACACGGCUCAUAGAAAUCCUCUAUUCUCGUCCAGUGAGCAAUAUCAGCCGGAGAGAUGGCUGAAAGACAACAUCAAAGAGACACAGGGGAUAUUUAUACCGUUUAGCACGGGAGCAAGGGGUUGUAUUGGCCGCAACAUCAGCUACAUUGAGCAGACGGUGCUCUUGGCGACUCUUGUUCAGCGCUAUGAUCUCAGUCUUGCAGAUUCUGGAUGGAAUUUGGAUCAUGAAGAAGCUUUCAACCUCUGGCCAGGCCCAUUGCCUUUGAAGAUUAGACGCAGAGAGAAUUGUUGA